GCGAUCCUUCCGACGGAACCGACGCCACCGCAGCACAGCAUCAAACGGUUUCCCCCGUGGCCCUCCUUCUCCUUCUCCUUCCAACGGGAACACACGAGCACAAACCGCCGCAUCUUCCUCUCCCAUCUCAACUCCCUCCUCCCAUGGCCUCCGGCGUCCACGCGGCGGCGGAGGGCGUCGCCGCGCUCGGGAUCUCCGCCGAGUGGGCCGAGCCCUGCCCCGCGCUGCGCCGGAACCUGCACCUCCUCUCCCACGACCAGGUUGAGCUUGCGAAGAUGCUGCUGAAUAAAGGUCAGGGGCACUUGUUUGAAAACUGGCCAGAGCCAGGUGUCGACGAUGACAAGAAGAAAAGCUUCUUUGAUCAGGUUUCCCGACUUAACUCAAGCUAUCCUGGUGGGCUGGCAGCAUACAUCCAGAAUGCCAAAAAGCUUUUAGCAGAUUCCAAGGCAGGACAAAAUCCAUAUGAUGGUUUCACACCUUCUGUUCCGUCAGGGGAAGCAUUGACUUUUGGUGAUGAAAACUUUGUGUCACUGGAAGCAGCUGGGGUAAAAGAAGCACGCAAUGCUGCAUUUGUUCUUGUAGCUGGUGGUCUUGGUGAAAGACUUGGUUACAAAGGAAUUAAGGUAGCACUCCCCAGGGAAACAACCACUGGGAAAUGUUUUCUUCAACAUUACAUAGAGUCUAUUCUGGCUUUACAAGAGGCGAGCUGCAAAAUGGAGGGCGAAUGCCAUACGAAGAUCCCAUUUGCUAUUAUGACUUCCGAUGAUACAAAUGCACUGACCAUCAAGCUUUUGGAAUCAAACUCGUAUUUUGGAAUGGAACCAUCACAAGUGAAAAUUCUAAAGCAGGAAAAAGUGGCAUGUCUAGCUGACAAUGAUGCAAGGCUUGCAUUAGAUCCAAAUGACAAGUACAAGAUUCAGACAAAGCCACAUGGGCAUGGAGAUGUUCAUUCCCUUCUUUAUUCAAGUGGAUUACUCGAGCAAUGGAAGAAUACAGGACGGAGAUGGGUCCUCUUUUUCCAGGACACAAAUGGAUUGCUCUUUAAUGCAAUACCAUCAGCAUUAGGUGUCAGUGCGACCAAGGGCUACAAUGUUAAUUCUCUUGCAGUUCCUCGAAAGGCAAAGGAAGCCAUUGGUGGAAUAACCAAACUUACUCAUGCUGAUGGUAGAACAAUGGUGAUCAAUGUGGAGUACAAUCAGCUUGAUCCACUCCUUCGUGCAACUGGGCAUCCUGAUGGAGACGCAAAUUGUGAAACAGGCUAUUCUCCAUACCCUGGAAAUAUAAACCAGCUGAUACUCGAGCUUGGACCAUACAUUGAGGAGCUCAAGAAAACACAUGGCGCCAUUUCUGAAUUUGUAAAUCCAAAGUAUACUGACUCUACCAAGACAGCAUUUAAAUCCUCCACUCGUCUUGAGUGCAUGAUGCAAGACUAUCCGAAAACACUACCUCCAACGGCAAAAGUUGGGUUUACGGUGAUUGAUGCUUGGCUUGCAUAUGCUCCUGUAAAGAACAAUCCUGAAGAUGCAGCUAAAGUUCCAAAAGGCAAUCCUUUUCAUAGUGCAACCUCAGGAGAGAUGGCAAUUUACAGGGCAAACAGCCUCAUUUUAAGAAAGGCCGGUGCACAGAUAUCUGACCCUGUAGUCAGCACUUUCAAUGGUCAAGAGGUAGAGGUCUGGCCACGCGUGACCUGGAGCCCGAGGUGGGGUCUUACGUUCAAGGACGUCAAGCAAAAGGUGCACGGCAACUCUUCAGUUUCUCAGAGAUCGGUUCUGGUCAUCAAUGGCCGGAAUGUCGUCAUCGACGGUCUUUCCUUGGACGGCGCUCUUAUUGUCAACUCGGUCGACGAAGCAGAGGUCAAAGUCACGGGUCAGGUGGAAAACAAAGGCUGGAUCAUCCAGCAUGUCGACCACAGGGACACCUCGGAGAAGGAAGAGACGAGGAUCCGCGGGUUCAAGUUUGAGAAGGUUGAGCAGCUGGAGGUGAACUACACCGAGCCGGGAAAGCAUUGCCUGAGCCCAUGAAGGGGCAUGGAUGGCUGGUGGUUGACAUGGUCCCUCUGCCAAUUUGCAGCUGGGAAUAGUAAGUACAUUACAUUGUCCUCCCAGAAUUGGGUGGCCUUCAUUAUUAGUGUCAUGUGAUAAUAGCAAUAAGCUGGAGCCAUUUCUUUGCCUUCCAAUGUAAUACUGUACUAAUAAGAGCAAAGCUGCUUCAGCAACCAGGCAGUCACCGACUCACCGUUGCUCAUGUAAAUUUGUAUGGAUAUUUAUUUAUAGUCGUCGUUCGUUUCUUCUUCUUUAUGUAAAGUAAACAAUGUUGAUAUUUCAUAUUGGGGUUUGAGGCUGGUAUAC